AUGUCGACAAUAUCUCGUUCUAAAACAACAACAAUCGCUCCUCCAGUUACCACUCCGGUAGCAAUAACCGACACAUCAGUCGUUCAAAAUACAACACAAGAUGAGGAACAAUGUGGUCCAACACCCAUAGGAAAAAUUGAAAAAUCAUGUGGUAUUACUAAUUCUGAUAUUAAAAAAUUACAAGAAGCGGGCUUUUGUACGGUUGAAUCAAUUGCUUUUGCACCGCGGAAGAGUUUAUUGGCAGUCAAAGGAAUUAGUGACACCAAAGCGGAUAAACUUGUGGCAGAAGCAGCUAAAGUAGUUCCAAUGGGUUUCACAACAGCUACCGAAUAUCAUCAAAAACGUUCGGAAAUAAUUCAGUUAACAACUGGUUCAAAAGAAUUAGAUAAACUAUUGCAAGGUGGAUUUGAAACUGGUUCAAUAACAGAAAUGUAUGGAGAAUAUCGAUGUGGAAAAACUCAACUUUGCCAUCAAUUAGCUGUCACGUGUCAACUACCAAUUGAUAUGGGUGGUGGUGAAGGAAAAGCAAUUUAUAUUGAUACCGAAGGAACAUUUCGUCCAGAGAGAUUGUUAGCUAUUGCUGAAAGAUAUGGUUUAUCUGGACAAGACGUUUUGGAUAAUAUUGCCUAUGCAAGAGCAUAUAAUACUGAUCAUCAAUUACAAUUAUUGUAUAUGGCAUCGGCAAUGAUGUGUGAAUCAAGAUAUGCUGUGGUUAUUGUCGAUAGUGCAACAUCGUUGUUUCGUACAGAUUAUUCUGGUCGAGGCGAAUUAGCUGCGAGACAGACACAAUUAGCUAAAUUUUUGCGAAUGUUAUUGAGAAUAACUGAUGAAUUUGGCGUUGCUGUAAUAUUAACCAAUCAAGUUGUUGCAACAGUCGAUGGAAAUGCAAUGUAUGGAGAUCAGAAGAAACCAAUCGGUGGAAAUAUAAUGGCACAUGCAUCAACAACAAGACUUUAUUUGAAAAAAGGCAAAGGAGAUACAAGAUUGUGUCAUGUUGCCGAUAGUCCUUGUCUACCAGAAUCCGAUGCGAUAUUCGCUAUUGGUCCCGAAGGUGUUAUCGAUGCUGCACCGAAAGAUUUAUAA